AUGAAUUCAUCCAAAGCCUGCAAAUUUAAAAUUGAACAAUUCGAAAGAGUCUUUUUAAGAUUUAUGUACAUUAACACAUUUUUAUAAAAGAAUAUUUACAAUUUGUCAGAUUAGGAAUGUUAGGAAUUAUUUUAAUAUUAGACUGACAAUUACAAUCUCAAAAUCACCAUCCCAAAUGAAGAUAUGAAUAUUUAUCAAAGAUACUUGGAGAUGAGCAAUUUCAGAAAAAUACUCAAAUCUCCACCUGUAAUCUUAGACAUUCCUUUUGAUUAUACAAAAAAUCCCUUGGAUUAAAGUUUACAGAUUGCAGCUGAAAUCAAAGUCUAAAAAGAUAGCAUACUAUUUGAUUAGAUCUUUAUUCGAUUACUUUGCUAAUAUUCCAAUAAUGAUGAACAAAUACUAUAGAAAUUGUUCAUCAACAAUUACAUUUUUCAUUUUAAAUGCACUUUCUAGGAUUUAUAACUAUUUAACAACAAAUAUAUGGCAGACAUUACGAAUAGGUUGAUAGAUCAAAAGGACUUCUUAUUUUUAUUAAUAAGGAUGAUCGCAAGCAAUAAAGAGUAUCCUCUAGAGGAAUCUUUAGAGGAUACUCUAGUGGAUAGUCUCCAAUUUAUUAAAUCAAAGCAAAUACAACUCUAUGAACACAAUACCUUCUUGGAUAAAUUAUGGCUAUUUGAAUUAUAGGGAAUUUAAGACACUUUAGUCUGGUGGAAGAAGGAACUCAAUAUUAGUGAAGGCAACUUCUAUGAUAAUAGAAUGAAGUUAAAUGUUAAGUUGGAACAAUUAUUCUUCUAAUCAUUAUCAGAUUCACAAUUUACAUAGAUGUUUAAGAAAUAACCCAAUUAUACCUAAUGGAAUUUCAUAAUCAUUCAAAUUAUCAGAAAGUCCUUUGAAUAGGUUGAAGAAACAAAAUUGCCAUACUAUAUCUUAAAUCCCAUCCUAAGUUAUUGUAUCAAUUUGAUCACUGAAUUGCCAGGCAAUAAUCAAAACCAAUAAUUAGAUUAUCAAUUAGAAAGUCAGAUAAUUUAAGGCUUAGUAGAGAUUCUUAAGAAAUGUAAUAAGAAACCAUAAAUUGAAUUAUAAAUCAGAGCAUUUCAAUUAUUAAAUUAAUUAGUUACAUACUAUAAACAAGAAUUUGAUUAAGUUUAGAUUCAAAAUGCUUAAUCUGAAUUCCUGAUGCCAGUUCCAGAGAGAUAUCACAAAUUACUUGCAGAAAUUUGGUCAAACAGAAUUUUGGAAGAUACUUUAAAAGGUGCCAAACCCAAUGAAAUAUUAUUUACCCAUCUAAUAACCUUAUUAGCAAUAACAAUGGGAGAGAAUCCAGCCAGAGUAAGAUAAUUUUACGAAAAUAAUAGUUUAUAAGAUCUGACCAAUAAAAUUAUUGAAUUACUAAGGACUUGCUCAAGAGCAUCUCCUUUAAUUGUAACGAUAAUAAACUUAUUGAUUGCAAUCAGUACAAAUGAAUAAGCAAUAUCGUCAGCCUUACAAUCUAAUAAUAAUGGUGAUUCAUAAUAAUAGGAGAAUUUGAUCAAGAGGAUCUUUAUUAAGUGUUAUUUGCCCUCAGCAGAAUUAUUACACGAUCCAACAGUGAGUGAUGAUUUUGCAAAGAAGAUUAUUAUGCUGUAUAGCCAAAGUAUGUUGGCAAAAAAGUUGAUAGAAAAAGUGAUUGAAAAUACAUUUGUUUAGAUAUCAUAAUUAGUGGAUUUGAGUAAAGAUAAGAUAGAGGAAAUAGUUAGUAAUUAGGAAAAGUUACAAUCCUUUUAUAGUUAUUCCAAAAGUUUACAAGCUUUAUUGCAGUUAUUUAUGCAAUUACAACCAGAGAAAAAAUCAUCAUAUCGAUCAUUCCAAGGAUACGAAGAAUUGUAAUUAGAAGAAGCUUAGAGAUAAAAAGAUUUAUUGUUCAAUUCACUUUUGAAGAAUUAAAAAUUCGUUGAAGCAUUAGAGAAAAUAAUAAUGAGUCCAAUACUGAUAGGUAGUAAAAACAAAGAUACAUAUGUUGAACAUUAUGUUGGCAUCCUAUGUAAGAAAAACAAGUUAAAUCCCUAUAAUUCUUUGUGGAAGGAAUUGGAUUUGAUCUCAUAAAACUAUAUGGUCAUAGGUGAUCAGAAGAUUAUCGAUAUCGGAAAAUUAGUUGAUUAUGAAGCUUUAUCCAUUCAUAUGAGCGACAAAUAUUUUUUUAGAAAAAUCAUCAAACACAUCUCCCCUUAAACUUAUAGGGGAUUCUACAUACUUAGUCGUUUCCAUUUGAUUCAUUAUUUGAUCAAGAUGUGUGUCAGUUAGGGUGUGGGAUAAAAUUAAGAUUCUCAUCUGAUGAUUUCCUAAUUGUUAGAAAUCUAUUUUCUAUCCUCAUAACAUGCAGGUUUUCAUGAAUCCAUUAUGAUGUUUAUGUCUGCUAAAUAAUAGAUACAGAAAUAACAGACUACUUAUGAUGAGGACAAUUAAAUAAGGAGAAGGAUUAGCAAGGAUAAUUUGAUUCCAUUAUAAUCAUCUUGUUUGGAUUUGAUAGGUAAAUUGCAAUAACAAGUUGAGUAAAAGGACUAUGUAAUUAAAAAAUAUGGGGAAAUUACUUAGUUGUUCUUCCAGAAUUUCUAAGAAAAAUGCUAAUAAAUUAGAUAAGCUCAAGGAGUUUAAAUUAUAUCGAUUGUAACCUAUAUGCAGGAUAUGUUAAAAUCAUUCAAAUUUUUAUAGAAUUUAUUUUUGAGUUUAGAAUAACAAUAUCAGCCAUUACAAUUUGCAGUAAUCUGUUUCCAAAAUAGUAAUUUCUUUUUGUAAUUAAUUGAGAUUCUAUAAUAUUUGGAUAGUAUCUAAAGACAACAAUAAUUCAAUGCAACAAAAGAAUAAGAGAUUACUAGAAAGAUAUUGCCAGGAUUUAUAGAAGCAAUACAUCAACAUAUAGAUAGCAUAAUAAAAUUACUAAUUUUUAAGAAGAUUGCUAUUGAUAAAAUAUAGUUGUCUGGGUAAUUAAUUUAAGAUCCAUAACAACUGGAUAUAGUGUGCGAUGAAAUCUUUGUAUCCUAAGCAUCAAUACUCAAUUAAAUGAUCGAUUUACUGCUCUACAAUAAUUGUGAAGGUAAUUUAAAGACUCUUUUGGAACAAUUAAUAUAGAAGUUUUAUUCAAUCAAGGAUUUAUAAGUUUAAGAGAUGAGAAAGGUUGCUGGAACAGAAACAAAAGAAUAAUAAGUAGUUGGAAAUAAGGAUAUCUCCUAAAUCUUAUCCGGAAAUGAAGUACGUUAAGAAUAAAAGAAGUCUAUGUUUGACAGACCUGAGAUCAAAGCAAUGAUUGAUGAUAUUUGUGAUAUGGGAUUCAAAUAACAAUUGAUCAAGAAAGCCAUCUAAAGAAUUGAAAUUCCAGAACCUACAAUGAUUAUUGAUAUGCUAAUAAACGAAAGGAUUUCUGAUGAUGAAGAAGAGUAAGAAGAUCUUUUUGAUCAAGCAUAAAAAAUAGCUGAGCAAAAUCAAAUAAUUUAGGAUCAAAUUGCUUAAUAAAAGUUAAAAAUGGAGAAUGAAUUAGAAAAAGAGUAAAAGUAAAAUGAAAUCCAAGUCUUAGAUUAAGAGUAAUUUAUUAAAAUAUUACAACAAAAUUUUCUCUAAGCUAAUCAAUAAUUAAAUAUUUUGGAAAGAUUUUUGGCAUUAAUUAAUGAUUUCUAAGUUAAAUUAGAUUCUAACCUCAAUAAACUAUUAGAUUAAUAAUUGAAUAAUUAAAAGGCAAAUACUAAUUUAUUAGAAUAUCUAUUCACAAUAGCUAAGAAAUAAUAACAUAUAAACAAGAUUUUAGAUUAUAUUUUUAUGAUCUUGAAUCCCUUAAAAAAAGAAAAAUCCUCUUAGGAUUUGAAUACAACUAUGCUUCAGUAUCAAAAAGCCUUACAAUGGCUUAACUUAUUAUAAUAGAUUGCUCCCCAGGAACAUGAAAAAUUAUAUCAGAAUUUGGCUUUAAUAGAUCAAGAACCAUAAUAAAAACAUGUGCUAUCAUUUCAGUCUAUGAUUACAUUUGGUUUUGCAUUGUCUGACGAUAUAUUUGAACAGUUUAAAAAGAGUGGUGAUAUAGAAUUGUAAUAAUUAAAGUAACUAAAUAUUUCUGAUAUGUCUUAUUAGGACAUAUUUAGUCAAGUAUAAAACUUCACUGCUAAUCUUAACAAUUUAUAUGAAAACAAAUAAACUACAUUAAAAUUAUUCUGUAAAGAAAUUUUAGAGGCACAAAAAUAUCUUACUAAGUUUUUCUUGAAUUUAUAAAACAAACAUGAUCAAUUAAUAGAAAGAUAUUGGAGCUAAAUACUUAUCUAUCUUGAAUUUUUGAUUUAAGUAGGUACAAUGAAUUUUGAUUUGUAAGAGUCAACUCAGCAAACCUAUAAUUUACUUGAAGAAUUGGAUACAUAAAUUAAUAAUAAUUAAGUAUUGAAAGAACAAAGAGAUUAAUCUCAAAAUAUGAUUUACAUGAGAUAGGUAAUUUAGAGAAGAUUUAUGUCUGAUAAACAGUUGAUUGCAUAAUUAUUAUAAUGCUUGAAUAAUUUUGGAUUGCAUAAUCAAAACAAAUUGUUCAAUAUGUUAACAAAAAAAUCAUCAAGUGACAAGUUAUCAUUAUUGGAGAUUCUAUUACAAUUAAAAAUGCAUCCUUGUCAUUUCGAAUAUGAAGAAUCCUAGCCAGUCUUCAUUGAAAACCUAAUAUACCUUGUUGCCAUUGAUACGAAAACAACGAAUGACUUAAUUUUCUAAAUUUUGAAAUAGGUAAUGCUGAAUGAACAUAUCGAUUGGCAUGCUUAAUAAUUAAAAAAUACAGAGGAUCUCGCCCAAAUUUUAUUCCCAUAGAAAUUUAUUGAAUGCCCAUUGUAAUACUUAUUGCAAUUUCAUCCCGUCCUAAUUAACAAUCCUAUUAUCUAUAAUUUGAUAAUUGAACAAUAAGGUUUAUCUAUUACAGACAAAUAUUCUGAACUAAAUAGAAUUCACACUCCAAAAUAACUUUAACCUUAACCAACAGGAAAACUGACAAAAGAAUAGGAGAGAUUGUUGAAAGAGAAGGAAAAAGAAUAGCAAGCUCAACCUUAGACAGAAAUAGUCAUCAGAUACGAGAUAGAUUAAUUGAUAGAACCUUAAUUAAACGAAAACUUCAUUUAUUUAGUUAAAUUUAUUGCCUAAGCAACCAUUGAUAGGUUUUUUGAGGAGAAUUAAAGAUUGAUAGAAUAGAUAUUUAAAGUGCAAUUCAACCAAUACAAAGAUGAUCCUAGGAUGUACGUCUAUGGUUGGGAUCAACUAUUGAGAAUAAUAGAAAUGCUCAUCAUUAAAGUUCCUUAAUUAAUAUUAUAUCUAAGAUAAUUGUAAGUAGAUUUGCCACCACAAUUAAGCAAAGGCGAGAAAAAGACUACUUUCAUAGAAUUUGUAGUUAAGUAUUUGACUUGGGUUGGUGGAGAUAAAUUAGCUAACUUUAUGCACAAUUACUUGAGUGAUAUAAAUUUGUUGUCUAUUGGAUAUGGAGUCACUAUAGGCUAAGAAGUUUUGCAAUUAUUAUUGAACGAAUUAUAAAUUGACAUUCAUCAGGAUUAGAUGGUCUAGAAAUAUUAUCAUAUCAUGUAAAUAUUGAUACUGUUUACUUAAACUUUAACUAUGCAAAAUUGCAGCAUGAUCUUAACCGAUCAAAGAUCAUAAUUGAAUAUAAUCCCUUAAUUGAUUGACACAUUGAAUUAAAUUAAAAAUUGUGAUAACAGGCAAUUUGUGAAGACAUAUCAACAAACCAUAGCCAAAGUUAUUGAACCUUUCUUGCAAUCUUAAAUAUAUUAUGAUCACAUUAAAAAUGGAAAGUAUGGAGAAGUAUUCAGACUACAACAAAGUAUUACUGAUGAUCCUUUUAAAUAUCACUAUUUGCAUUGUCUAAGAAAUCAAUUGAUUUGUUACUCUCUCUACCCAGGUUUCAAGAGUGUAGCAGGAUCAGCUUAACAUUUUAUUUCUCACUAAUAAGUUCAAUAGACUUUAAAGGAUGAACACUAAUAAGAAUUGGUUUGGCCACUUUAUCAAUCUAGAAAAAAUUACAAUAAUUAAAGGUAGAAUAAUUAGAAGCAAUAAGAAGAGGAUGUGAGCGAUUCUGAUUCAGAUCAAGAUAUUCUUUAAGUAGAUAACAGUCAAAUAAAAUACAAAGUAAAUUAUACAAAUAUUAAUUCUUGGGGUUCUGAUUAUUAUUAUUAUGACAAUAAUGACUUCAUGUCAAAAUACAGCAUGAACAGAGAUGAUGAUAGGAUGUUACGAGAUAAUUAAUAGAAUAUAUUCCCAUAGAAAGAUCUCAAUAUCAUAUUUUGCAAAGUUGAUCCCCAGUCCAUUUGUUUCAAUUUACCUACAUUAACAAUUACAAAAUAGAAUAUUUAAUAUUAUUCCAAUGAUUAUAAAUAGUGGAUAACUUCUAUUGUAGGAUUAUAUUACAGUUCAAAUGAGUACUUUGAAAAUAAAAAAUCUUUAAUUUCAAAAUCAUUUGAAAAUUCACUUAAAAUUGCUGUUGAAUUCAUUCAUCAAAUAAAUAGAUUAUUAUUAUCAUCAAAUUACUACCGAAAUAAAUAGAACGAUUACAUGCAAUAAUAUUUAUCAUAUUAUUUGAAUGGAACUCUAAAUAGCCUCUAAGUUUAGGUAAGCAAUUCUUGUUUCUAUUCAAAAUUUGGUUAACCUCCAAAUUAGUUAUAACAAGACUAUUAAGCAAAUUCAUUAUCAAUCAAUGUCAAUGAGUCAUAGCAAUAAUAACAUAGAAUUUUAUGUUAAAUAUCAUGUAACGUUCUCUAAAGCAGAGUAGUUUUGAAUGGGAUGCCAAAUGAUUUGCAGGAUUAAAAUUUACUUAGAGCAAAGUUGUAAAGUUUAUUGCAUCCUGAAGAACACCUUAUAAUUCAACCAGUAAUCUUGUAAAUUCCAAAAAAAUCAUUCACAUAGCCUGAUACAUAACAAUUAUAAAUCUAUGAUAAUGUGGUUCUUGAAAUGUUCAUUAAUCUCAUUUUGGAUACUAAUAAUUUUCCAUAGUUUCCAUUUAAUUUGUUUAGAUAGGUCAGUAAAUGUUCUCGUCUUGGUUUCAAAUUAUUGAUUUAAUUGUUACUCUUGUACUAAGAACAAAAAAAUAGCUUAGAUUUAACUUUAAAAAUCUUAUACCUUGUAAGUCAGAAAAUUCCAUCAACCAAUCUUAGAGAUUUGUUAUCUGAAUAGUUAUAGUUGAGCCCAAUUUUAAAUAAAAGAGAAAAGGCAAAUCUGGCUAAAGUCUAAGAAAUUAAGGAACAAUUUGUUAUUGAAGAAGAAGAAAACUUUGAGGAACAACCUUAAGAUGAGGAUCCUGAAAAUCCUCUUGUCUUUUUAAUUAAUUAGAUCAAUAGGUAUUGCGAGAAAAACAUCUCUUUCAUAAAACUCUUUCAUAAUCCAGAAUCCUAUAUACCAUUAGAAAAAAAUAUACUCUUGACUCCAUUAUUGGCUAACUAAACUGGAAUGCAUUUAUCUUACCUGAUUUAAAUUAUCAAAGGCUCAUUGAUAGUUGCAAAUGAAGAAUCGAAGGAUAAGAAUAGAAAGAGUGAUGAUGAUUAUUUAUAAAAAAUAUAGAGAAGAUAAGCUACAAUCUUUACAAAUUGCCAAGAAGAAUCUAAUGGUAAAUUGUUUGACCUUGUUGCUUAACUCAAUAAGCAUGAAGAAGAUAUACAUUUAUAGGAAUUGAUUUUUAAGACAUUUGCAGAAAGAUAUUCAGAAAAUUCAUAAGAUCAAUAAUAGGAACCAUAAUCUUAUUAUAGUAGACAGCCAUUUUCUUUAAGACAAAAUGAACUAUUGUUCUAAUAGCAAUAAUAAUAACAAUAUGAAUAAAAAUAAUAAGUAUUAUUAUUAUAAUUAUAAUAACAAUAACAAUAACAAUAACAAUAACAAUAACAAUAACAAUAACAAUAACAAUAACAAUAACAAUAACAAUAACAAUAACAAUAACAAUAACAAUAACAAUAACAAUAACAAUAACAAUAACAAUAACAAUAACAAUAACAAUAACAAUAACAAUAACAAUAACAAUAACAAUAACAAUAACAAUAACAAUAACAAUAACAAUAACAAUAACAAUAACAAUAACAAUAACAAUAAUAAGAAUAAGAAUAAGAAUAGCAAUAAUAAGAAUAACAAUAAAAUUAAAGUCUAUAAAAUAAUUCCAUAUUUUAAAUCCCUUUGUUACCAUAAACUUUACAUGGUUUACCUCAAACACUCCCCACUAAUGCUCCUCCUCAAAUAUCAUCUAUAUCUAUUCUUUAGUAAUAACAUCAAUAAUUAUAAUAAUACUAAUAAUAAUUUUAAAGCAAUUUGUAAAAUAUUAGAAAGUUGCCAACUUCUUAAGCUUAAUUUUAGCAACUUAGAUAGUUCUAUGAUAGGUUCCUUAAAGCUAAUGAUGAUUAAUAAGACCUUUAAUAGACUUAAUAAUAAAAUCUUAAGCAAAAUAAAAAUAACAAGGCUAAUAAUAGGAUUAGAAUCAAUAAUAAUCAAAUAAUCUAGAAUAAAAGAUAUAGUAAUUAUAAGAUUAAAGCCAAAUUAUCUCUGAAGAAUAAAACUGAAUCAGAUUCUAAGAUACAAUAACGAGAGAGAAAACUAAGUGCCAAGAUAUCCCAUGUUGAAAUAGAUAUUAUUACAGCAUUGUGCAGAAUUCUUAAUAACCCUCUCCUUCGUGAUUGUAACUCUCCAGAAAUCAUUAAUAUACUCAAUUCAUAUUCAAAUGAUCGUUUAAAAAUAGAACAUGCUAUUAAUGAAUUAACUAAAUAUAUCAUCUAACAAUCUAAGAUAUUCAAUUAUGAAUUGGAUAGGAAAAGAAAAUAACUUAGAGAAAUCACAAGUUAACGAGAAAAGGUUCCAGUGCAUGAUCCUGAAAGAUAAUAGUAAUUGUCUGAAUAAGAAAAUGAAAUCAUCAAAGAACUCAAUUAGAAAACACCUGAUCCUAGUGUAAUUCAAAGAUGUUUUAUAGCUAUUACAGGGUUUUUGAAUUUUAAUGUGAGUGCUUCCGAGUAAUAAAAAUAAUCCACAAUCAAACCAAACUCAACAUAAACUAGAUAAUAAAUUCAAUUGGAUAAAAAGAAAUUUAAAUUGCAUUAAUAAGGAAAGCAUACAGAUGAUACACAAGAGGUUGAUGCAUUAACAAAAAAAGACAUCAGAAAAUAAUUUAUUAAUGUGUUGUAAACAAGAUAAACUCACCAUUUGUGGCUUAAUGUUGUGGAAACAUUGUUAUUAAUUUUUAAUUGUAAAGGUCAUAGAUCACUAGAGUUAUUAUAAAAAAAACUAUACCCGUUAUUGGAAUGUUUCCUCAGACUUUAUUAAAAUGUACAUGAAGAUACAAAUAAUUAAGAUUCUCAUGUAUAAGGUGCUGCAGAUGCUAACUUUUUUGAGCGUAAUACAAGUGGAUCAGCUACUAAUUCAUUAUCAUUUGGUUUAUUAUAAACAUAGAAUAUUCAUUUAAAAAGGUCAUUUUCUGCAGUGAGAAACGAAAAUGAAAUGUAAAUGAAAAUUGAUGAGCUAUUCACAUAUCUUUGUAUUAAUGGAAAAAGUCUCAUUAAUCAUCUAAUUUCAUAAAGGCUUCAUUAAGUUACGAUUGAUCAUAAAUUAAAUUAGAAUCCAAAUUUAAUUAAGUUAUUUAAAGACUCUGAUCCUUUAGCUUUUGUUUUCUUUAAAAUGAGUCAAAUAGUAUCCUUCGAAAAUAAAAAGCAUUUGUUUGAAUUGGAUUUAGAUGCUCUUAAAAUAGGUGAAAAACCUAACACGCGAUCGAGAGGCAGAUAAAAUGAUACUAUUGAGAUUAAUGUAGUUAGAGAGACAAGACUAUAGCAAUCUUUGGAAAAAGUUAUUAAUAUUGAUAAGAGCAAGUUUAGAAAAUGUGAUAUCAAAAUUAGAUAUUAAGGAGAAAGAGGUUAAGAUGAGGGAGGUAUUAGAAAGGAGUGGAUGACUAAUCUUGUUAAAGAUAUCUUAUAAACAGAUAAAUUUGAAUUAACAACAAAAAGAUUCUACAAAAUUAAUCCAAAUAAAAAAGCUUAAGAAGAUUUGAAUCAUUACAAACUAUUAGGUAAAAUAAUUGGCAAAAGUAUUUAUGAUGGAUUACUUUUGCCAGUGUAUUUCAUCUCUCCAAUUUUCAAGCAAAAUACUUUAGAAAAAAACCUAGCAUUGAUGAAUCUUGAACAUUAUAAUGAAGGUUAUUUAUGA